UUACACGUCUGCCACACGUUACAGCCAGCCUGCGAAAGCCUCCAGUCAAACUCAACUGACAUCUUCGAAACGCACGCUGCACGUUCUUUUCCAAGUCCAGAGCCUGGGCAUCAAACGAACAGACUCUGCGGGUAGCUCAGCCCGCUUUAACUUGCAAAAAUCGGCAAGCUAUACGGAAUGGUUUGCAUAGAGUGCGGCAGCUCGAACCCUUGCAAAUGCAAGAUGCUCGGGCCUACGCUAGGCUUCGGCAUUGGCGCGGCAGUGGCGGGUAUCUGCUACCCCAUCGGCUGCCUCAUCUACCUGUGCGCACAGCCUCAGGCGAACAAGCUUUUCGCCGCCCCAGCCGACGUGUUUAAGUUCAUCACGGACGCCAUUCCUAUUUAAAAGAGUGGUCGUGCUUUGACGCGCAGCGCGCGCGUGCCGACAUAAUGAGGCUGUGAGGCCUGUCGGUGCAUGGCUUGGUGAUGGGCUGGCCCGCUGCUUCCUCGUGUGCACUGAGGAAAGCACGAUUACGGUAUUCUUGCAACGGAAAUGAGAAGACGAUUCAACAGUACAAUGCGCGUGCUCACCGGUGCGCAACAACUGCUGCACCUAGGCAGCAGUGCGUGGGAGUAGGCGGUCCGCUGCCGCUAGCGCGCAGUAUUGCAUUGCCGUUGUAUGAUAUGUGUUUAUACGACGAAUUCCCCAGAGGAAUGGCGGGUCUCUGGUCCUGUUACAUGUCAGUCCUGCGGCUCCUGCCUGAGCGACUGAGCGCUGGCGCUCACACGUGGACACAGGGGCGGAUGCUUCCAACAAGCGUCCAUGGUCAAUACGGCAAUGCGCUCGUUGUUAAGAGGGACAAACUCAAGCCCUGGCUGUGCGCACGCACCUCUCUGCGCUGUAUGUGACACGUGAAUUGUAAUGGAGCGGUCGU